CCGUGUCAUUUUCGUGGAAUCUGGUGACGAACGUUUUUCUUCAACAAAAAGGAAUCAGAAGAGGAGUUGGGUAACAAGUAUGAAUCAGGAUCAAGAAGUACCAGCCGCGACUACAGAUUUGGCUAGGCUGCCAAACGAAGAAUUCAACAGGCUGAACGAACCACUUCAAACAGUUACCACAGGAUACUGUCCCAGUAACUACUCCGUGACACAACCAAGUACCGAGGAGAAGCUGCACCCUGAGAAUGAAAUAUACCCCACACAGGAAUACAGACAAGAGCCAUGGCUUCAAGAUGGCAGCAGCUGCGAAACGGAGGACAGCGAGCAGUACGUGCCAGAGUUCCAUCGGAUGACAAACGCCAAUGUCAAGCAGGAAUCAGCGAAUUGCAGAAGAAUCGAUGAUACUAAUUACUCACAGUAUCAAACGCCAAUGAACCAUGCACAUUCGCAAGGUAGCACGUUCCUCGAUCUCGAUCCGGAGAAUCGCAGUAAUUGCUUCGGAAAUACUAAGAUGAGCUCGAGGACAAACGAGGCCACGAAGAACGUAGCGGUGAAGGAAGAACCAGCGGACAGAGGAUAUGGAGAGCCGAUUUCCGUGACGAGUAUCCCCACGUCAACAGCUCAGGACACUCGAAAUAGCAACAGCAUGGUCUACCAGCAACAGCAGCAAUACGGAAGCGGAACGAGAAACACCAGAGGUUCGCCAUCGCCUAAUCGGCCAGCCAGCACUUCCUCCGCAGCUUCUCAAUGGCAAUCGACGAUCCCAGCUCCUGGCGAAGCUUUCUUUCCGCGACAAGAGAAUUGGAGCUCGGAAGUGUACGGUAAGAGAAGCGUGACGCCCACGUGGACCGACCUGGGAGUUCAAUUAGAAGGCAGGAACCCAUCGUGGGAGAGACAGAGUAAUUGUUAUCAAAAGAAAGGAUCUCCUAGCUCGUGGAACACAGAGUAUACUAGCAAGAGGCCAUCUUCGGCGACGGGAGUGUCACCUUGGAGCGAAAUGUCUGUUGGCUAUCAACAACAACGAAGAGGUUCUCUUCAAUUGUGGCAGUUUUUAGUCACCUUGUUGGACGAUCCUGCGAACGCACCUUGCAUCGCGUGGACUGGUCGUGGAAUGGAAUUCAAGCUAAUCGAACCGGAAGAGGUAGCUCGAAGGUGGGGAGUUCAAAAGAAUCGACCGGCAAUGAAUUACGAUAAAUUAAGCAGAUCAUUGAGGUACUAUUACGAGAAAGGGAUAAUGCAAAAGGUGGCUGGAGAGAGAUACGUGUAUAAGUUCGUGUGCGAUCCGGAAGCGCUUUUCAACAUGGCCUACGGCUCCGCAGGAUCGGCUGGUCUCCCCAGCGAAGUGCAAAACGGCGUUCGAAGUCAAUCGAUAUCGAGCAAGAUAUCAUCUACGAACGACGUUUCUGAUUUAGCAAAACAUACCACCAGUGGCUACGGUGAUGCAGUUCUUGCCAUGUACUCGAAUACCGCGGCAGUGUAUGGGCCAUCCAGUUUGCAUCACCUGCACCAGUACCUCGGUGGCAACGAGGGUUUCAAGGCACCAUCGAACAGAUACCAUCCCCAUUACUCGCAUGAGUACAACGGAAGUCACCACCAUCCGCCCUCGAGUUACACAGAGACCUUCCUAAACUACGGUCGCUUGUCGUCCCACGAUGCUCCGACAGAAUCGAGGAGCCAGGAACUCGCGAGAAUUCCGUACGCACAGGAAACAGAAGGUAUCAGCAGAGAACGAGAAGCGUCAUCGAUUUUGUACGAUGGCGUGCAGAGAACGCAAUUACCGGCUGCUCCGACGCUUCCCCAACCAACCUUGCUAGACGCUACCACCACCAGCUCGAAGAUCGAGCAAACUUCGUACGCCUGCCUCGGCGUAGGCAGCUGCGUCUGCUGAAUCUCUCUCAACAGUCUCAACUUUAUCGGAAGACGGAAAGUCAUACGCAUCGAGAAUUGACUCUCGAGAAAAUCUCUAGUCAUAGAUUACCCCGUACUACGUGCUUACACGUUAUACGAUUGUAUAGGUGGCUUAAGUAUAACGUGUAGGUGUUAAUGGAACGCACGGUUUGAAUGUCAAGCAGCGUUCGUCCAUGGUCGUACAGUGUCUUAAUUUAUACAGAAAUUAGUUGCAACAUCGCACGAUAACUUGACUUAAGCGAAUGAUAAUGUUGUGCGAUGUUAAUUUAAACAAGGGGAAGGUGAAAAUGAAGCUGAAUGUACGAUACAUCUUUCUGAAGGUACAUAUAUACAUAUUUCGGUAUGAGACACUGUGAUUUGAAUUUAUAAAAAAUCAAUGCCUAAAGCGAUCUAUCGAUGUACGUGUUGUAUGGUGAAACAAAACUUGGUAACAAUAUGUCACGAUGUCUUAAAUUAGCCAAGAAUUAAUAGCAAUAUCGGAGAGAAAUAGAACUGAGUUUCCUAAAAAUAGACGCUCAAUAUCGACUCAUUACGCGACCAUUGACGAACGUAUUUCAGAAUCGAGACUCGAAUCGUGCGUACCACGAAUCUUGUAAAUAGCGAAAUUCGAAGGCGUAUGUAUGAUGGUUCAGAUCGACUAAGAACCUUUUAGCUCGGCAGAUCCAAUCGCUUGUGAUCGUUGUUACAUUGCGCGUGUCCGACUAGUUCACCAGGAUACUGUAACUUCUGUAAAUACCAAAUAAAUCUAUCGAAACGUAAAAA